UUCUCACACACACACACACACACACACAUACACACACUCUACUCAACAUGAGGACUGUAGUGACUCUGCUGCUGCUGCUCGCCGCCGUGCUGAACACUGUGUGUUCUUGUCCGGUUUGUGAAGGCGAGGCGCUGAAGUGUCACACCUGCGUUGCUGUUAACCAGGAGGACUGUAACAGGCAGGGGUCAGCAGUGUGUCCAGCUCACGCGGACGCAUGUUCCACCAUCACUGGACCCAAUUCCGUGAUGAAGUCCUGCUCCUACAAGUCUUUCUGUGAGAAGUCCCACAUGAGUGUCGGGGGGGUGAAGCUGGAGUGCUGUUUCACUGAAGACUGUAAUGGGCAGCACCACUCACACAGCCAUGGAGAACACCACAACAGCGCCGCGGUGCUGAGCUACAGCGUCACCCUGCUGCUGGGAGCACUGCUGCUUAAAGCGCUCUAACCUCACACCUGCUCCAAUACCCAUACCACAAGGGACAGAUUUAACCCCUUAAACUCUUAAAGGGCCCACAGCAUCAAAAACUAAAGUCCUGAUAGAGCUUAAUAUGUAAACAUUUUGUUAAAGUUUUGAAACAUGCCGCUCACUCCCCAAUCCAUGCAGUCUGUAAUAACAAAACUAAAGCUGCACAAACAGCCUGUUUUGAGCUCAUGGUUGUGAUCUCACACUGCCCAUUCAGCCAACAUCAGUUUAGUCCCAUCCACUCUGGUUAAAGUGAUGCAGAGAGUUGUUCCUGCAGAUGGUCUAAAGCAGUGUUAUUAGACUGCAAGAUAUGGGAAAAUGGAUAAACAUUGUGCUGUUCCUGGCUGUCAGGAAGCAAAUAAAUCACUGCUUGCUAAACAAGGCACAAUACAGGGCAGCUAAUCAGAACAGAGCUCGUUUACAUAUAUUAGACUUUAAGGAAAAGCAACAAUUUUUUAAUUCUAAGGGAUAAAGAGAGGCUGUGAAAUAUUUAUGUAGAAGUGUAUACAUCAACUGAACCUAUGGAGAAAAAUGAAAUAUAAGGAAAAUGUAGAAUAUGGUGGGAUAGGCUCCUGCACCAUGACCCUGAGGGAGAAGCAGCUUAGAAAAUGUGUGUGUGUAGAAUAUGGGCCCUUUAAGAUCUUUUGUUUAUCAAUAUGAUAAAGGCUUAUUAUCCAAGUUAAACAACACAAAAUCAGAUUCUGAGAUUUUAAGGGGUUAAACACUAGGCUCAUUAUUCUGUUAUUAAUAUAAAGAAUUAUUAUUUAAAAAUGACUAUGCGUUAUUCAGUAACAAGUACAAAGCUAAUGUGUAAUGUAGUGAGAUUGAGGCAUUGUUUACAGUAAAUGCUAGAUGAGCUUUUUGCCAUGUGACAGCCUUCUGUAUCUUCAGGAAGGUUAACCAAGUAUUAGAGUCUAUUCUGGCUUGGUUCUGUAAAUGGGCUCGAAUCGCAACUGCUAAAUAAAGUACAUGACUUUCUGUU